GUCAUAUUUAGGAGUAUUGUUUGAGUUGAGUAUUUAUUUAUUAUAUUUAGGAGUAUUGGAUCGAUCCCACGACCCAAGUCCUCUAAGGCUUACUAAUGGACCAACUUGGCCAAAGAGUCUUGGAAGUUUGGCAUGCGGGGAGGAAACCAAAUUAAUAAGUUAUGUUACAAUAAAUACGAGAAAUCAAGAUAUCUCCUUUAUCUCAGCAGUAGAUCGUCACACAGCAGAGAAGUUAGUAGAACACUUUCAGAGGAUCGACAAUGACGAUCGAUUCAAAGUUGCAAUAUUGUAUGGUGGUACCGAUGUGUUUUGUUCUGGUGCCGAUCUCAAAGCAAUGACAUCGCCCGACUCGAGAAAUCGAUUGUCUGAAGAUGGAGAUGCGCCUAUGGGAUUGAGUAGAAUGCUUCUAAAGAAACCGGUGAUUGCUGCGAUCUCUGGAUACUGUGUGGCAGGCGGACUCGAAUUGGCAUGCUGGUGUGACAUGCGCGUCGCCGAAGAAGACGCCGUCUUUGGGGUAUUCUGUCGUCGAUUCGGAGUGCCUCUCAUCGAUGGCGGCACAAUUCGACUUCCGCGACUCAUAGGAAUAUCACGUGCACUCGACCUAAUCCUAACGGGUCGUGCUGUCGAUACAAAAGAAGCUCAUGAAAUAGGAUUGGUAAAUAGAAUUGCACCAAAAGGAAAGGUAUUGGAACACGCUAUUGAUUUGGCAAAGUUAAUUGCAUCGUUCCCUCAGAUGUGUAUGAGAUCCGAUAGGAUCUCUGCAUAUCAACAAUGGGAUCUACCGUUUGACGAAGCUAUAAGAAAUGAAUUCAGAUUAGGAAAUGAAUCGUUAAAGACUGAAGGUUUAAACGGUGCCAAUCUAUUCAAAUCAGGUGUUGGUAAACAUGGUAGUUUCACUCUACCUCAAUCGAAAUUAUAG